UCACAGCGAACAAAAAACACCCUUUGAGUCCGUUAAAAAUGAUACAUUGAUCUUGAACUUUUUUAUGGCACUUUGUUUAACAUCGGUUAAUGGAGACUAACGAUGACAAGUGUGGAGGAGCUAUACAAGAAAAAUACAGAUUUUAGAGAAUCAAGAUUAAAAUCUCUUUUUUCAGAUUACUUUAGUCUCAAAGAGUCAAAUCCUGAAGGAUAUAAUGCCAAUCUCAAUGUUUGGAAACACUUCUUAACGACAUUAUUUGAAUCUCAACUUCCAUUGUCCUUUGACUAUGAACUUCUUUCAAGAGAACUAGUUUACAAAACAGCUAGCAGAUCUUAUGUCCCAGAGGGGUUAUAUAUAGCCAUCAAUGAACUGUUAAAUGAGAAGAGUAUAAUUUUGUUAUCACAAUUAGAAGCUGAUAAGACGAAAGAAGGCAAAUCAGACUUUUUGGAAACGAUAAAAUGGUUAAUUUUUGGCUCUAGAAAUCCUGACAUUCGGAGCAAAGAAUACAAGAAAGAGUUAUUGAUCUUUAUGCCCAAACUUCAGAAAUAUGCAGAGAAAGUGAAAUCUUUUUUGUUACCUUUACUUAAAGAAGGCCCAGUGAACUUGGACCAUUUACAGGAUGUUUUGAUUCAUGAAAGGUUCAACAUUUCAAAAUCAGAUCUAAUCAAUGUUCUUCUCUAUUUGAAAAACCAGAUGCCGAAUAUCAAUGUCGAGAAGGAAGUCCUAUAUAUUCUUCCUUCUGACCUGCCCAAAGAAGAUGCAAGAGUUGAUACAGAGGGCCUUAAAAAUUUAACGGAUCUUAACUUCACGAUUUACAAGCUUCAUAUGUACAAUGAAGAGAAAUCGAAAGAAAUAACACAGCUAAGUGAGAAAAUCAGUGAGUCUAUAAAGAAUAAGAGUCAAGCGACCGCCAGAAGUCAACUCAAACUUAAGAAGAUGUUGGAAUUACAGGUGCAAAAAACUUUAUCCAGUUUGGAGAAUUUGCAUACCUUGAAACUCAAAUUGGAAGAUGCUCAUAAUAAUGUCAUGAUAUCUAAAGUGUGGAAAGAUAAUUCCAAGAUUUUGAAACUGUUGAAUGAUGAAGCUACAGAUAAGGACUUAGACGUAGUAUUUGACUCAUUGUACGAAGAAAUACAAAAUACAAAUACCGUAUCGGAAAAAUUAGCUCAAGGAGCAAUUGGCGAAAACAAUGAUAAGGAGAUUGAGCAGGAACUUCUUGAGCUGGAAGCCAGUGUGAAAGAAGAAGAAGAGAUUGCCAAGGAUUCAAACGUUGAAAACAUACGAAGGAAAUUAGACUCUCUUAAGAUACCAGAUACUAAACCGCAGGGGAGUGAAGAGUCUAAUAGUGAGUUAAAAGAAGAGCCUGUAGAUGGAAGCUCACGAAAUAUAGAACGUACCGCGAUGUUUUCUUGACCGGGUGUGUGUAGUUAUUGUAUGUAAGGUAUAUAAAUGUAUAAGAAUAUAGUAAAAUAAUUACAAUGUUUAU